UGUAAUUUAGCGCACACUGACGUGACGUGCUUGAGAUAGUGAGUUUUCUUCGAUUCCUUACCCGACAUGGCUUCCAAGAGAGUAAUUGCCAUAUGUGUUGAUGGCAGUGAAUGUAGCAAACAUGCAGUGGAUUUUUAUAGAGACAAAAUAAGGAAGACAGGUGAUAGUGUGGUGUUCAUUUAUGUCCCAGGAACUCCUCAUCUACCAGUUUUCAGUUUUAAAGGAGGGAUGAAUAUUCCCCAUGAAGAGUGGGCAGAAAUCAUGAGAAAACAUAAUGAGCCCAAAGAAGAGAUCGAAGUCUACUGUACUUCAAAGAUAAAAGAAAUACAUGACAAAGACAAGACAUUUAGUGGAAAGUUUGUUGCUUCUUCUCAUGAUGAAGUUGGGCCAGGGAUUGUUCAUGAAGCCAAAACUGCUAAUGUUGAUCUGAUUGUUGUUGGUACGCGUGGUAUGAAUACCAUUCGCCGUACUCUACUAGGUUCAGUCAGUGACUAUGUACUACACCAUUCUGCUGUUCCUGUGGCUAUUGUCCCACCAGAAAAGACUGAUUAGCUGUUUACCUCUGCUUACCUGCAGACUAAAAUAAUKCAAUUAYUWCAUCAUUUUAUUGAUUGAGAYCAUUGCUACCAUUAGCUAUUUCAGUCUCAUAGGUAUAAAAAUAGUCACAUUAAUGUAAACGCCUUUGUAGCUCUACUUUGUACUGCACAUGUAGUUAGUUUUUUUGAUUGAAGUCACACUAGCACUUUCCACAGUAGUGCAUUUUUCAUGAGUGAUUUGUGUUAAUUUUCAAUUGCCUUGAUAGCAAUCAGAAGGCAGACAAGAUCACCAUGAUACAAAAAUGUACUGUACUAAAUAUGUCAAGGCACCUUAGAUGAAAUAGCUUGGCUGCCAAUGGUCAAUCUUUUACAAUUUUAUAAAAUUUUGAUUCAUAUCUUCUGUCAUCAAAAUGUCACUGAUAUAAACAACUAUCAUGACUUUUGUGUGCUUUUGAGAUUUUCCCAUACCUUUGUACUCUGGUUUCAAACUUACUAAAUAAAUAUAUCAUUUGAUAACAA